AUGUCUGAACCACCUGCGAGGAAGUGGUACCAUUGGUACUCACCAACCGACACGCCUGAAGAAAAGAAGCUUAUCUUGAAGCUUGACCUUCUACUGGUACCUUAUGCGUUUGUUCUAUACUGGGUAAAGUAUGUCGAUCAAACCAAUAUCAAUAACGCCUACGUCUCAGGCAUGGCAGAAGACCUAGGCUUUCAUGGCAACGAGUUAGUCCAGUUCCAGACGAUUUUCGUCGUUGGAAAUGUCGUCGGCCUUUUGCCUUUUAUCUAUCUCUUUCCUCGUGUUCCAAUGCAUAUUCUAGUUCCCAGUCUUGACCUUGGAUGGGGCAUCUUCACCCUCCUUCAGUACCGUGCCACAAGCUACGCAGAGAUCAUGGCCUAUCGUUUCAUGGUAUCCAUCUUUGAGGCAUCAUACUUCCCAGGCGUUCACUUCGUCCUAGGAAGCUGGUAUAGAUCAGAUGAGAUUGGCAGAAGAGGCGGUUUGUUUUAUAUUGGCCUGACCCUUGGAACCAUGACUGCUGGUCUUCUGCAAGGUGCUGCGACUCAAUAUCUAGACGGCCAUAGCGGUCUUGCUGGUUGGAGAUGGAAUUUCAUCAUCAACGCAAUCAUCACCCUGCCCCUUGCCUUUGUGGGGUAUUUUCUCUGGCCUGGCACACCUGAUAAGCCUAAUCGGCUGGUCAUGAAGAGAUCUGAGAUUGUCCUUGCCAAAGAACGCCUGGAACGCAAUGGGUCAAAAGUUCGAAGCACACCUUUUUCGUUGACUUUGCUCCGCCGCAUCUUCACGAGUUGGCAAUUCUAUCUACUCGUAUUCUGGGACAUUCUGUUCUUCAACACUAGUGCCAACAGCGCCGCAUUUCUUCUUUGGAUCAAAAGCCUGGACCGGUACAAUACAACCAAGGUUAACCAGCUCGGGUCUAUUAGUCCCGCCUUGGGCAUCUUCUUCGUUCUGUUCAUCAACUUCAGCGCUGAUCUAUGGAUCGGAAGACCUGCGGCUAUUACACUUGCGUCAGUAAUCAACUUCACCGGCCUUGUUAUUCUUGCGGUCUGGAAUGUUCCCGAAGCCGCGAAAUGGUACGCUUACAGCGUGGGCUACUCCGCCGUUGCAGUUUCGUCUGUCCUUUACGGCUGGGCGAAUACCAUUCUUCGACAUAACAACGAGGAGCGAGCAUUGACGCUCAUUCUAAUGACGGCUAUAGCUACGUCGACUCAAGCUUGGAUACCACUUCUUGUGUAUCCUACUGUCGAAGCACCUCGCUUCCCGAAGGGUUAUGUUUACUCAGCGAUCAUGGUUGUUCUUCUCGUGGCGAUGACUCAGGUUAUUCGUGUUGUUUAUGGUAGUCAUGGAGAAAAGGUUCGCACGCGAAGUGGAAGUCUCAGUGACGCAAGUGAGGAUGGUGACAUUCAGGCACCUCAUGGGCUGAGCAUUGGCAAAGAUGCAGGGAAGCAUAUACAACCUUCCACGGUAGCUGUUUAG